UCUUCCAUUGAACCUGAAAAACCAAAACCAGCACUUCUCAUGUCGUCUUCUGCCGAGUAACGCCGAAGUACCAACCUCGAAUUCACCUCGUUUCAGCUCCUCGAAAUGUUUGUCAGCUUACAACUCUUGCACACUCACACACAAGCACCUGUGUUCGCAAAUCGAAACGAGAACACAGUUUCUCCAUCAGAGAAAGCUGAACAAGUUUCCCACAUAGGUAAAAAACGAAGACUCACCCCCAACAACGGAACCAGCAUCGUUAAACGUGGACAUGGAAGAGGAAAUCGCGUUAACCAGGAGACCCAGUUGAAGAAUCAGGGUCUAGAGAAGAAUUCAGAUGAUGGGGUUGUCACAAAGAGGAAAACAGAGAAGGUGCAUACCAAGUGUUCGAUGAAAUGCGUGUCGUACGGUGGAAUCAUUCCCGCCAUUCUGAGAGACUUGGACGCGGUUCGGGGCGUGGAGAAGGCUCUGAGGCCGUGGGAGGAGAGGAUAGGUAACAAGGAAAGGAGCAUUAUUUUGAAGGAGCAGGUGAGGUGGGAUAGAGCUUUGGAGAUUUUCGAGUGGUUUAACAAGAACUCUCAUGAACUGAACGUGAUUCAUUAUAACAUUAUGAUUAGGACCCUUGGUAGAGCGCGCAAGUGGACCGACUUGGAGGGUUUGUGGAAUGAGAUGAAUGCAAGAGGGAUUGUUGCCACGAAUUCUACUUACGGGACUUUGAUUGAUGUUUAUAGCAAAGGUGGGCUGAGGGAAGACGCGCUUUUUUGGCUUGAAACGAUGCUGGAACAAGGGAUGGUGCCUGAUGAGGUCACUAUGGUGAUUGUAGUUCAGCUGUACAAGAAAGCAGGGGAAUUUAAGAAAGCUGAGGAGUUUUUCAGAAAGUGGUCAUUAGGCAAACCUUUGAGACCAAACAAACACGAUACAGUUGCCACAUCAGAAUUAGAAGAGAGAGUGUCAUGUGUUAAUGCUUCUAUCGGCUCGCAUACGUAUAACACCUUGAUUGAUACGUAUGGAAAGGCUGGUCAACUUAAAGAAGCUUCUGAAACUUUUGUUAAGAUGCUUGAACAAGGCAUACCCCCAACCACGGUGACAUUCAAUACAAUGAUGCACAUUUGUGGGAACCAUGGACGGUUAGAGGAAGUGAGUUCACUUCUAAGAAAAAUGGAAGAGCUUCGAUGUUCACCUGACACAAGGACAUACAAUAUUCUCAUUUCUCUCCAUACUAAGCAUAAUGAUAUAGAUAUGGCAACAAAAUAUUUUAAGACAAUGAAGGAGGCCUGCCUGAAGCCAGAUCUUGUGAGUUACCGUACCCUCUUGUAUGCAUACUCAAUAAGGAAAAUGGUUCAUGAAGCAGAAGAGCUUAUAACAGAGAUGGAGGGGAGGGGCCUUGAAAUUGAUCAGUUCACCCAGUCUGCUUUGACAAGGAUGUACAUAGAAGCAGGGAUGCUUGACCGGUCCUUGUUAUGGUUUCAGAGAUUUCAUUUAGCUGGCAAGAUGACAUCUGAAUGCUAUGCUGCAAAUAUUGAUGCAUAUGGGGAGCAUGGACAUAUUUUGGAAGCUGAGAAAGUCUUCAUUUGGUGCCAAGAACGGAAGAAUCUCAGUGUCCUUGAGUUCAAUGUGAUGAUUAAAGCUUAUGGCAUAGGGAAAUGCUAUUAUAAAGCAUGUCAAUUGUUUGAUAGUAUGGAGAAACACGGUGUGGUUGCUGAUAGAUGCAGCUAUAGUUCUCUCAUUCAAAUUUUGGCCAGUGCUGACCAGCCACAUAUUGCCAAACCUUAUCUGAAAAAAAUGCAGGAAGCAGGAUUAGUGAGUAAUUGCAUCCCAUAUUGUGCCUUGAUUUCCAGUUUUGUGAAAUUAGGUCAAUUGGACAUGGCAGAAGACACAUACAAGGAAAUGAUUGGACACGGUGUGCAGCCUGAUGUUAUACUCUACGGGGUAUUGAUCAAUGCUUUUUCUGAUGUUGGAAGGGUCAAAGAAGGCAUUAGUUAUGUGGAUGAAAUGAAAAGAGCUAGGUUGCCAGGGAACACAGUUAUAUAUAAUUCUUUGAUCAAGUUGUAUGCAAAAGGUGGCUACCUGAAAAAAGCACAAGAAACAUACAAGUUGCUUCAAUCAUCAGCAGAAGGUCCCUCUGUAUAUUCUUCAAAUUGUAUGAUUGAUCUUUAUGCUAAGCAAUCUAUGGUUGACCAAGCAAAAGAGAUGUUUGAGACCUUAAAGAAAAAUGGAACUGCAAAUGAGUUUUCAUUCGCAAUGAUAUUAUGUUUGUAUAAGAAAAUUGCAAGGUUUGAUGAAGCCAUCCAAAUUGCAAAGCAGAUGAGAAAAUUGGGACUCUUGACAGAUUCUUUAAGUUAUAAUAAUGUGCUUGACCUAUAUGCUAUUGCUGGGAGACCCAAGGAAGUGAUGGAGACUUUCAAGGGAAUGGUCGGAGCUUCCAUUCAAUUUGAUGACUUUAGUUUAAGAUCACUUGGAUUUCUUUUGCAUAGAUAUGGAGUAUCAAAGCAGGCUGUUGACAAGUUACAUGUAUUGAUGAAAGAGGAUGCUUCCAGUGGGUUGCUGGCAUGGACAUCAGCACUCUCAAGUGUGCUUGAAAUGGAUGAUUAUGAUACUGAAUAGAUAUAUCUCGUGCAACAUGGUUUCAAAGACCUUGCUUAGUCCAUAUUUGGAUACACGGUGGAUUUUCACGGUGGAAGAACUGAUUCUCGGAGAAGCAACUCCUAAUGGCUUUUGUGGGAGGAGAAUUGUAUGCAUGAUAAGAGGAUGAGAUCAAUAUGAUAGCAUGCCAGCUGAACUCAUUGUUACCAAUCAAAUAUCCGAGUGCAUUAUAUAAUGCAAGUCUGACAUGGUUCUGUCCUUGGAUUUGACCCAGUCGAUGGCUUGAUGUGGCCAAUAAGAACUUUGGUUGAAGCUGUGAGAAUAGAAAAACAUUUUUAGGUGAUCUGUGUGAUAUGCAAUACAGUGAACUGAGGUAUAUGAACCAUAACCACUUGUAAACUACAUGUGUUAGUUAGCACUUAGUUGUAAGUUGUAACCACUUGUAAGCUACUUGUGUUAAUAGUUAGUGCUUAGUUGUAGUAAUUAUUCAGUUAUUUUUUCUUAUAUUUAAGCCCUGUAUUAAUAGCUUAAGAUAUACAAACAAGCAGAACUUUUCAGUGUGUGAAUAAUAUACUAUCUUCCCACACACAUGAUACGGUGACUAGUUGUUUUCACCACUUACAUAACAAAGUGAGGAAAUUUUGUGUUUCA